AUGUUGCGUACCAACUUUCUUCAAUUGCUCUUUGUGACACUGCUCGCUCUGUCUGCGGUUUUCGCAGCAGAUGCAGUGCAGGGGACUUCGUCAAGUGAGUCUUCCCAAGGGCUUGCCGACAUCAAGGAAGUCAACCUCCAUGAUGCUCUGCAUGCUAUCUCCACCAAAUUCCGUCAUGGAGUCUUCCCGACUGACCUUAAAGCCGCCGAGGCUCUGCAAGCUGAAGAACCCACUAUUGCCAGCCUUAUCAAGCUUGCUAAGCGUCAGGAUAAUGCCACUGCCAGCCCUGACACAACCCCAGUCACGGUUCCUACGGUGACUACUCCCAGCAUCGAACCAACCUCUGAGCCCGCCACCACAGCUGCUGAGACCAGUCAGACCAGUGAGACCACCUCGGCCUCUAACACUGAGCCCACUACAAGCGCCCAGCCAACCGUCACCUCGGCCACCUCGGCUAGUGAAACCAGCACCAGUGAGCCCACCAGUGAGACCACCAGUGAGAACACCAGCGAGACCACCAGCGAGACCACCGGCAAGACCAGCUCUGCCACCUCUGCGUCCGUCUCCACCGAGACCACCAGCACGGUCUCAACCAAGACUACUACUGCUCAGCCGACCACUACCCCUACUGAGACUACUGAGACCACUCAGACUACUCGGACCACUACUAGUGUUCCUUCCACCCUAUCGACUACUCGGAGCACUUCGUCCACCUCGUCUACCUCAACCACCGAUAGUCAAUCAACUACCUCUACCCACACCAGCUUGAGCACUUCCACCUUCGAGAGCACGACCACCAUGCCCGACGGCAGUCUGAGCACCAUCACCUCUAUCACGGUGAUCACCCCUUCGGCAACCGACAAGGCCGCAGGCGCAACCACCGCUGGUAAGCCCGGUCUGCAGACUAAUGUUGCUGCGGUGGCUACCGGUAUGGCUCGUGAGGUUGUCGCCAUCGUCGGUGGCGCCGUCGUGGUCGCAAUGGCUCUGUAG